AUGUCAUCAACAGACAUCGCGACAUCGAUUUUGUUUGUUUCAAAACAAUUGGCUAUCUACGGAUAUCUUCUUAUUUUAAUUGCUGGUGUAAUUGGAAAUAUUAUGAACAUACUUGUUUUUUCAUGUUAUAAAUUAUUUCGACGCAAUCACUGUGCUUUUUAUCUUCUUGCCCAAACGAUCAUCGAUUGUUGUUUAUUAGUUAUUGCUUUAUCGUUUCGUAUUCUGGAAUUAGCAUUUACAAUUGAUUACACUCGAACUUCAGUUGUCUGGUGUAAACUAAGACCAAUGAUUGCUCACACGUUAACACUUCUGACAUUUUCAGCGAUCUGUUUUGCAGCGAUUGAUCAGUAUUUAUCAACCAAUUAUCAUGCUUGGUUACGACAAAUGAGCACGUUCAGAUUGUCUCGUGGUCUCGUGUAUAUCAGUAUUAUUGUCUGGAUUCUUUAUGAUUCGAUAUUCUUAUUCUUUUUCGAACUCCAUCCAGACACAGGCUGUAAUAUAUACAAUGCAGAUUUCUCGAAAUAUUACUCAUUUUUUCAUUAUAUCAUAUUGAAUGGAUUUAUACCUAUUCUGAUAUCGACAACUUUUAGUGUAUUGGCUUAUCUCAAUGUUCGUCGGAUUGUUCAAAUGCGGAUGCAAGUAGUUCGAAGAAAACUGGACAAGCAGUUGACAGCUAUGGUUUUAGCCAAAGUCGCAUCUCUUGUCUCUACAGUUCUCCCAUCAAUCGUCUUUCGAAUUUAUGUACUAAACGUUACAGUGAAUUCCACCGACACCGUUCGCAUAGCUAUUCAUCAAUUGGUAUCAAAUAUUGCAUAUGCUUUAUUUUAUAUCAAUCCUGCUUGUACGUUCUAUCUAUUCAUAUUGGUAUCGUCGAGAUUCCGUCGACAAAUUCGAUAUACAUUUGCGUUUUUGAAGGGUUAUGGACGCCGAUGUUGUCGACUUCCAGUGACGAAUCAAAUCGUGCCAGCUAACGAUGAAAGAAGUGAAUUCGAAUGA